UGGCGCCGUCUUUCUCGGGCCGCCUCGGCCGGGCUGCGCGCCCGGAGCCCUUGGGUUCGAGUCCAUGUCUUCACUUUAUGUCCAGGCUCCGGCCCUGGCCCAGGGGACCCCGGAACCCUGUCAAUGGCCGGGUGCUUCCUGCUUCCUUGCUCCCAAGGCGACUUCGUAGCCAGUAGUGAGGGGCCGCCUCACCCUCCUCCUCCGCCCGGGGACUCCGCUUGUGGAAACUGAGGCAUACAGGGGUGGGGCAUCCGAAUGGGGAAGGAAAAGGAGUGUCAUUCUGCGGAGGAUUGUGGUUGGUGACGAAACUGGACUUGUCUGGGGCUGGGGACUAAGAAAUCGGGUACAAAGUAAGAAAGUUGAAGUCAAAGACCAUGGGAGAUACUACCAAACCUUACUUUGUGAAGCGCACGAAAGACCGUGGAAUUAUUGAUGAUGAUGAUUUCAGAAGGGGUCAUCCCCAACAAGAUUAUUUAAUAAUGGAUGAUUAUGCUAAAGGCCAUAGCAGUAAAAUGGAAAAAGGCCUUCCAAAAAAAAAGAUAUCGCCUGGGAACUAUGGGAACACCCCCAGGAAGGGACCAUAUGUGGUUUCCAGCAAUCCAUAUGCAUUUAAAAACCCAAUUUACAGUCAGCCUGCUUGGAUGAAUGAUAACCACAAAGAUCAAAAUAAGAAAUGGCCAUCUGAUGAACUGACUGGUAAUGCAGAUAACUGGAGGGAGUUCAAGCCCGGGCCUAGGAUCCCUGUUGUAAGCCGGUCAAGGAAAGAAUCCUUUCAAGAAAGUGAGGAUGGCCACAGGUGGCAGGAUGGGAGAGGCUGCAGAGCCGUUAGACGGCUGUUUCAGAAAGACCUCGCCAGCACUGAAGCCGUGUCAGAAAUGGAAGCAGGAAGCCCAGAAAACAAGAAACAACGGUCCAGACCUCGGAAGCCACGGAGGACUAGAAAUGAGGAAAGUGAACAGGAUGGAGAAUUGGAAGGUCCUGUGAUUGACGAGUCUACGCUGUCAACAAAAGAGCUACUGGGCCUGCAGCAGGCUGAGGAACGGCUAAAGAAAGACUGCAUCGACAGGCUGAAAAGGCGACCACGAAAUUGCCCUACAGCAAAGUACACCUGCAAACUGUGUGAUGCUUUGAUUGACUCCAUCCCAUUUGCUCAUAAGCAUAUCAAGGAGAAGAGGCACAAGAAGAACCUUAAGGAAAAGCAGGAGGAAGAAUUGCUCACCACAUUGCCCCCACCAGCGCCCUCCCAGAUACAUGCAGUUGGCAGCGCCAUUGACAGAGUGGUGCAGGAGUUUGGUUUACACAAUGAAAACUUGGAUCAGAGGCUAGAAAUUAAGCAUGUCAUGGAAAGUGUGUUCCAGCAGAAACUACCAGACUGUUCUCUUAGGCUGUACGGAUCUUCCUGUAGCAGGCUCGGCUUCAGAGACUCAGAUGUGAACAUUGAUGUUCAGUUUCCAGCUAUCAUGUCUCAGCCAGAUGUCCUCUUACUUGUUCAAGAAUGUUUAAAGAACAGUGACUCCUUUAUUGAUGUUGAUGCUGAUUUCCAUGCCCGGGUGCCUGUGGUGGUCUGCAGAGAUAAGCAAAGUGGUCUUCUUUGUAAAGUAAGUGCAGGAAAUGAAAAUGCUUGUCUGACCACAAAGCACCUAACGGCUCUUGGAAAACUAGAGCCAAGGCUGGUUCCUCUGGUGAUUGCGUUUAGAUACUGGGCAAAGCUUUGUAGCAUUGACCGCCCUGAAGAAGGAGGCCUGCCGCCAUAUGUGUUUGCUCUGAUGGCUGUUUUUUUCCUCCAGCAAAGAAAAGAACCGCUCUUGCCAGUUUAUCUAGGAUCAUGGAUUGAAGAAUUCUCAUUAAAUAAAUUAGGAAAUUUCAGCCUUAAAGGUGUUGAGAAAGACUUUGUGAUCUGGGAAUACACGGAUAACACCACAGGGGAUACUAGCACGGCCAAAGAGGAGGCUCCAAAAGAGACUUCAGCAAAGAAGGGACAGGUGCCGUUGACAUUUAAUGUAAAGUGCCAGCCCUCAGUGCCAGCUGGGCAGCUCUGGGUGGAGCUGCUGCGGUUCUAUGCUUUAGAGUUUAACCUGGCUGACCUGGUGAUCAGUAUUCGUGUUAAGGAAUUGAUAUCCCGGGAAUCAAAGGACUGGCCCAAAAAGCGCAUUGCGAUUGAAGACCCCUAUUCUGUUAAAAGAAAUGUGGCAAGGACCCUGAAUAACCAACCUGUGUUUGAGUACAUACUUCAUUGUUUGAGGACAACAUAUAAAUAUUUCGCUCUGCCACACAAGGUUACAAAACCCAACCUCACAAAGCCUCCCAGCCCAGUUGCCUCUGUCUCAGACCCUUAUAAAGAAGCAAGGAACUGUGGCCCAGAGCUCCAUGUGACAGAUACUGAUAGACUGGGAAAUGCAGCUGCGGCUCAGGGUGCUGGUGUUCAAACCUCGGGCACCUGCAGGGCACAACCACUUGCUCUUAAAAAUAGCACUGAGAAAACAGGAAGCCCUCCAAAGGAGGAGAUGGGAGGUGUGCACAGCCAGAUCCAUCAGGAAAGUUCUGGCAAUGGCCAGGCAGAGGUCAGCUGUGAGGGUUAUGACGAUGCAACAGCAGAGCAUCAAGAAACAGGAAGUGACGAGAAAAUCAGAAGGAAUGUCAGACAUCCAUUGAGCACUGAUGAUCAAGGUUUAAGCAGCAGCAAGCACCCAGAACUUCAAAACUGUGGCAGCCUUUGUGGUCUCCAGGCAGACAGCACUCUGGAGUUAGUAGGGCUCCGGAAUCCUGGAGCAGAAGAGUGUGACAGCUGUGCCUCUCUGGAUGACAAGACUGAUGUCAAUGAAGAAAGCACAGAAGGAGCUGAUGACCAAGAAGAAGCUCUGAAUUGCUUUUCUCCUUUAGGCCAGGGCCAGACAUCAGCAAUCAUGCACUUUGAUGAGGAGGAGGAUGAGGAGGAUGAGGAGGAACGGAGGCUCAGCAUUAACCUUACAGAAGAUGAGGAGGGCGUUGCUAAUGAACAUCAGGUGGACAACAGGUGCACUGGGUCAGGUGAGGAAGAUGCACUCUCUGAAGAUGAUGACUUGGCUGAACUUGCUAAGGGUGAAGAUCUGGAAGAGUGUGGAGAACACACGGGUGGGGCUCUGCUCAGAGACCUAAAUAGAAUAAGUCUUAAAGAAGAAAGCUUUACUGAGGAGAGCUCACCCAGGGACCAGCCUGAGUUCUUCUAUGAAUUUAGAAAACUGACCUUCACCAAAGGCAAGUCUCCCACAGUAGUGUGCAGCUUGUGUAAGCGAGAAGGCCAUCUAAAGAAGGACUGCCCUGAGGACUUCAAGAGAAUCCAGCUGGACCCUUUGCCACCACUGACACCCAAGUUCUCAAGUAUCUUAGAUCAAGUUUGCAUCCAGUGUUACAAGGAUUUUUCUCCAACUAUUGUAGAAGAUCAAGCUCGUGAACAUAUCCGGCAAAACCUAGAAAGUUUCAUAAAACAGGACUUUCCAGGAACUAAAUUGAGCUUGUUUGGCUCCUCCAAAAAUGGAUUUGGGUUCAAACAGAGUGACCUUGACGUCUGUAUGACAAUUAACGGACAUGAGACUGCUGAGGGGUUGGACUGCGUAAGAACUAUUGAGGAACUGGCACGAGUCCUCAGAAAGCAUUCAGGGUUGAGAAACAUCCUGCCUAUCACAACAGCAAAGGUGCCCAUCGUGAAGUUCUUCCAUCUAAGAAGUGGUCUAGAGGUGGACAUCAGCCUGUAUAACACAUUGGCUCUUCAUAACACAAGGCUCCUAUCUGCAUACUCAGCCAUUGACCCCAGAGUGAAGUAUCUGUGCUACACCAUGAAAGUGUUCACAAAGAUGUGCGACAUUGGCGACGCGUCCCGAGGCAGCUUGUCAUCCUAUGCGUACACUCUUAUGGUGCUAUAUUUCCUUCAGCAGAGGUCUCCACCCGUCAUCCCCGUGCUUCAGGAGAUAUACAAAGGUGAGAAGAAACCGGAAAUACUUGUUGAUGGCUGGAAUAUUUACUUUUUCGAUCAAAUAAAUGAACUGCCCACUUACUGGCCAGAAUAUGGAAAAAAUACGGAAUCUGUUGGGCAGCUGUGGUUGGGACUUCUACGCUUCUACACAGAAGAGUUUGACUUUAAGGAACACGUAAUCAGCAUCAGAAGAAAAAGUUUGCUUACGACUUUUAAGAAACAGUGGACCUCAAAAUACAUUGUUAUUGAAGAUCCCUUUGAUUUGAAUCAUAAUCUUGGUGCUGGAUUAUCGAGGAAAAUGACUAAUUUUAUAAUGAAAGCUUUUAUCAAUGGUAGAAGAGUAUUUGGAAUUCCAGUCAAAGGACUUCCAAAGGACCACCCCUCAAAACUGGCAUACUUUUUUGAUCCAGAUGUCCUAACUGAAGGAGAACUGGCUCCAAAUGACAGGUGCUGCCGAAUUUGUGGAAAAAUUGGACACUUCAUGAAGGACUGUCCCAUGAGGAGAAAGGUGAGGCGACGGCGAGACCAGGAUGAUACCCCAAACCAAAGAUACUCUGAGAGCAAAGAAAAAAGAAGCAAAGAAGACAAAGACAGUCAGAACAAGUACACAGAAAAAGAAGUGUCAGUGAAAGAAGAUAAGCCUACACAGUGCACAGCUGUGAAAACAAAGCCAGCGCGGGCAGCUAUUGACCUGGGGCGGGAGAAGGUUCUCAGGACACCAGCCGAAAAGUGGAAGAGACAGGAUGACAGAGACUUAAGAGAGAAGCGCUGUUUCAUUUGUGGAAGAGAAGGACACAUUAAAAAAGAAUGCCCGCAGUUCAAAGGCUCUCCAGGUUUGUGUAAGUCAGAUUGUGUGUCUGCAUACUCUUCACCUAGCGCUUUGAGAGCAGUUGCUCAGGCAGUGCUUUUACAUGAAGACAAAAAGAAACAAAAAACAACCAUAUUUUUGAGUCCCCAGUCAGGUAGCCUUUCCAGUAAAUAUAUGACUCAGGGGAAAGCCUCAGUGAAGAGGACCCAGCAAGAAUCAUGAGGGAAGGAGCUGCAGCCCUGGAAAAUGGCCACUAGGAAAAUUAGGUUCACGUCACAGGACAGCGACACAUGUCAGGCCUCAACAGAACAGUUGAGGGGGGGUGUCGGGAUUUUUAAAUUUUUAAUGAAAUUGUUAAUGAGGAAAAGAAAAAUUUUAAUACAGUCUUACCAUACCACCAAUCCCCAUAGGUUUGAAGAUUUUAAUAGAAAGUCAACUUAAAAGAAGAAAUAUAACUAGGGGCCAGUAUUCGAUGACUACAGCGUCAUGGUUUUUAGUUCUUUUAAAGCACACUGGAAGUAGUGUGCUGCUCAGCAGAGGAGGUGUCCCUCCAUUUUGUACACAUCCCUUUAUGAUUUCCAAGAGGGGUUCUAUCUGUUGUUACCGGGUCCUGGUGUGGAUGCACAUCAAAUCCGUGUGGACUGUACUGCUGUACAUGGGGUCUACGAGCAUUCUUCAUGGGU